AUGUCAGAUAUCCAAGAGGGCGUCCACCCAGUGGAAUUGGGUGUUUUCUCUUUACUGUCUGCCGAUUUAGACGGUAUUAACAGGUCCGUCACUGAAUUACGAGAGUCUCAAACAAUACUAAUAUUAAAGCUUAGGAAGAUUAGGGAAUCCCUUAAAAAGGAAUACGGAUUGCUGUAUGAAGCGGAUGACCUUAAUGAAGCAAACAUAAAACUGAUGAAUUUGAAGAAGCGGAUAGUAUUAUUGGAUCAAAAGUUCAAGACAAUAUUACAGACAGCAGAUUCGCUAGACUAG